UAACCUGACUUCAACAUGUUCGUGUCACACGCCAGUUGGGCUCGCACUUACAUCUACCUACCUAGUAUCUCAUCAAUACCGACUUUUUUCAUUUUAUUUACGACAUAAAUUCUAGCCGGAUCUUAUUUAAACAACACGGCCUUAGCCGUGUUUCUGAGACCGUAGUCGAAUAAUACCGAUACCAGAGACAUAUCGUCACCAACCAUGCACGAUAACAAGCGAACUCAUCCCCUGUUGGAACAAGUGCCCCUCACAGUAUCACCAUUUGUGUCUCUUCCUACAGCAACAACAUUAUCAUACAACUACAAGACAAUGCCUUCCAACAUUCCACCUUCAUCACUAGGCGUGGAAGCCGCAUCAGACAACCCCGCAGGCCAAGUCAAGCCCAAAUACGUGGUGUCGGGAUCAGGCCACGCAGCGCAUCCAGAGGACAUCGUCGCCUCUUGUCGUGCGCUCUCAGCUUAUGUGACCAAGAUGCAGGAAGACGCAGAUCGUGAGCUCAGAGAGUUCGAUGAGAGGAUCAAGGCGCGUGAACUCGCCGAGAAGAGAAGACUCGCGCCAGGUUGGCUCGACAGCGAGAUGCAUAUCCUUGAGCCCGAGAAGAGUACACCGGUGCAGCAGCAAGAUACUGGAAAUGUAACCGAAAGCCAGGAUACCCAGAAUGCCCAGAACGGAAACGCGACCACAGACCAGGGCGCGGAGUUGGACAGAGCAUUCGGUGGAAUGGAGUUGAAAUGAGCCGGUGUGGAUGUUUACGAAUCAUGAUCAACAAGCACAGGACCAUAAAUAUCUUGGUAGUUAUGCUGUGAGCUAACUGGUGCUCUAAAAAAUCUUUUUCUUUUUUUAUUAUUAAAAGGUCGAUUGAUACCUGAGCAAUUCACUUCAAGGCGUUGAGGUGGCCGAAAGCAGGAAAGAUACCACCCGUAGAAUACAAUUAUUGUUACUCUUUUGCAGGAGCUAGCUAGAUUACAUUUGAGAAAAUCUCGACCUUU